GUGUGUGCGUGUGCGUGUGGGUCUCUGUAGGAGUCGAAGGUGCCCGAAUCGUCCUCUACUGCUGACCGGAGAGAUUUAAUUUGGUUUAAUUUAGCAGCUUACCAACUAGAGAGAGAGAGAGAGAGAGAGAGAGAAGAGAACGGGAGCUGAGAGAGGUAGAGAAAGGGGGGUGGAGCAGAAAGAGAGAGUGAGCGAGAGAAAGAGGAGGAGCUGAGAGUGCGAGGAGCAGAGAGAGAGGAGUGUGUUAGUGUAGGCGGUGUAGAGUCAGAGUGCAGGCUGGGUCAGUGUUAGCGUUAGAAGGCUGCAGUCAGUUUUGGAGUGUUUGUUUCAGUGUUAGUGAGUUUGAGUGUAUUUUGGUGUUAGUGUGUGUUAGUGUUGAGGUGUGUUAAUGAGUGUUAGUGUGUGUUAAUGAGUGUUAGUGUGUGUUAGUGUUGAGGUGUGUGAGUGAGUGUUACUGUUGGUACGGUGUUAAUGACUGUACUGUGCUGUGCUGUGUUGUAGUGACUGAGUGAGUUAGUGUUGAAGUGUUAGUGCUGUCGUGUUACUGAGUGUCAGUGUUGGUGUGUUAGUCUGUUGUAGUGAUAGUGUGUGUUACAGUGCUGCGGAGUGUUGCAGUGUUAGUGAGUGUUGUAGUGUCAGUGUGUUGUAGUGUCAGUGUGUUGUAGUGUCAGAGUGUUACAGUGUCGUGAUGAAGCUGCUCAGACUGAGUUGUGUGGACGGUUCCGCUCUGGUUCUCUGUCUGAUUGUUCCGCUGAGCUGCUGCUUUAAUAUGGACUCUCGAUUCGCUGUGCUCAAACGCUCUGACUCUCCCGGCAGCCUGUUCGGCCUCUCGGUGGCGCUACACCAGCAGACCAUCAGUCGGAACAGAUACCUGAUGCUUGUUGGAGCGCCAAAGGAGAAGGCGGAGCCUAAACUGCAAGCCAAUCGGACGGGAGAUAUGUUUGCUUGUCCAAUCAGCACAGACCCCAAAGACUGUCAAAGAGCAAAUUUAAUCAGCUCAGACCCUCCGGACGAUGACGGGAUUGUAGAUGGGAUGUGGCUGGGCGUCUCAGUAGUCAGUCAGCCUCAGCCUGGUGGACGAGUUAUGGCAUGUGGUCAUCGCUAUAAGAGGACAAUGGACGGUGGGAAUACUCUGCGCAUGAUUGGGAAGUGCUAUAUUCGGGGAAAUGACCUGACCUUUGAUGACACUAAUGAUUACGACUGGCAGUACAAGGAUGAAGUGUGUAACCCCUUUGGAGACCAGUCUCAGGAGGGUCUGUGUUUGAUGGGCAUCUCAGCGGCCAUCACUCAGACCGACAGCAUCGCAGGAGCGCCGGGCUGCUACAACUGGCAAGGAAAUUCCUUCGUUAUUUACAGAGAUCCAACUACACCCUACAGCAAUCAGAAGAUGAAGUUUCCCGACAUGAAUAAAGGAAAUAUUUACAUCGGCUACUCGGUGGGGAAGGACUCAGGUGUGCUGAGCAGUAAAGAGGACACGGUGGUGUCCGGCGCUCCGAGAGACGACUCUAAAGGGUCAGUGAUUUUGGCUAAAGUGGUUCAGAAAGCCGGCGCAGAGUCGGUUCUGCAGACCCAGCUGGUUCUGAGGGGAGAACAGGUCGGCUCGUAUUUCGGAAACAGCAUCGCUAUAGUGGACCUCAACAACGACGGGUGGAAGGAGCUGACAGUGGGAGCUCCGUUUUACUUUGACCGGAAGAAGGAGGAGGGAGGAGCUGUUUACAUCUUUAUGAAUGAGAACGGCUCCUUCCAGACGAAAGCUAACAUGAUCCUGACCGGACCGAAGCAGUCGGGGUUCGGCAUGGCUGUGGCUGCAGUCGGAGACGUUAAUCAGGACGGCUUUCAAGAUUUUGCAGUCGGAGCUCCGUAUUACGGGUCAGGCAGGGUGUACAUAUGGAUGGGCAGCAAAUCCGGCCCUUCUAACAAACCCAGUCAGGUGAUUGAGGGGAAGGAUAUCACUAACGGCGGGUUUAAGACGUUUGGUUACUCCAUCAGUGGAGGAUUAGAUGUCGAUGAAAAUAAAUAUCCUGACAUGGUCGUGGGGUCGCUGGACGAUCGAGUGGCCUUACUCAGAGCUCGUCCUGUGAUCCACCUGCAGAAAACCUUCACAGUGACGCCGCAGAUCGUGAAUCCGGACGACUGCGACUCCUGUAUUGAGGUGAAGGUGUGUUUUUCCUACACAGUCAGUACCGGAGAUCAAAACCUCAAAAAGGACAUCACGGUGGCGUUUACGGUGGAUGCCGAUCUGCUCCAGCGCUCCACACGCAGCCGAGUCCAGUUCCUUGACAACGGCAAGGACACUUACGAUGGAUCCCUGUCCGUGCCAUCGGCCACCUGUCAGACGCUAAAGCUCAGGCUGAUGAACCCAAUCCGCAACAAGGUGGCGCCGCUCGUGUUCUCACUGAACAUUUCUCUGUUCGAGCCUCAGCUCGACUCUCAGCAGCAGCUGCAGGAUCUGGACGCUUUCCCCGUCAUCAGCCAGAGGGAGGCGCUGACGGACAGAGCAGAUAUUCACUUUAAGAAAGAAUGUGGACUCGACAACAAGUGUGAGAGUAACCUGCAGAUGACCGCCGCGUUCGCCAGCGCUCAGCAGGAGCUCCUCCCAGCUCAGGGUGAUCAUCAGGUGCUGCUGUUCAACUCUGAAGUGAAGAAAGUCACUCUGCUGGUGAACGUCUCCAACGUUCCGUCUGAGGGGAGAUUAGCGGAGGACGCUUACAACACCAUCCUAAACAUCACCAUCCCACCUUCACUGCAGUACUCAGCCGUCAGACACGAGAGUGCUGCAGUACAGUGUGGGGUAGAAGGUGUUGCUGUGCUGUGUGAGCUGGGAGACCCCUUCAGGAGUAAUCAGAGGAAGGAGUUUGGGAUCGUCUUCGAGACGCCGGGAAUCAGUCUGGAUACUCGAGAGAUUGAAGUGAUCCUGCAGCUCUCAACAUUCAGCAUUCAGAAUGAUCUAAUGCCUCUCACCAAAGUGCUGAUGGUGGAAUACACACUGCAGACUUCAUUAAAUGUCCAGCCUACAAACCAGCGAAUGGAGUUCAGUGGGGAGGUGGUGGGGGAGUCAGCGAUGAAGAGCACCUCAGACAUCGGCAACCCUGUCGAAUUUACCUUUACAGUGACUAUGGAAGGGAAGCCACUGGGCUCGCUGGGUUUCCUUCAGGUCCACUUCGAUUGGCCCUCUCAGGUGGAGAAUGAGAAGUGGCUGCUGUAUCUGGUGGAGAUCCAAAUGUCAGGAACUUCAGAGUCUGUCUGCAGUCCGAAAGGAGACAUCAUAAACCCCCGACACUACACAGUUUCUGAGCGUAACUCCGUCCGCAGGAGGAGAGAUGAAAGCUCUGUUGUUGUCCAUCCAGAACCUCAGGCCUCUCUGAACCUGCAGAGCGCUCGCAGGAGGAACGUCCAGCUGAGCUGCGGGUCAGGAGGAGCGAAGUGCCAGACGUUCAGCUGCCCGCUGAACAACAUGACUACCUCCGCCAAGCUCAGAGUCCGAGCACGACUGUGGAACAGCACCAUGCUGGAGGAUUACAAAGAUUCAGAAACGCUGAUCACAGGUCAGGCCACACUGCAGCUGAUCACUGAUAAACCCGCCAUCAGGAUGGACAACACAUUCGUGACGUUCGCUGUGAUCGUGACCCCUGCAGGCCAAACGGAGGCGCUGAAUGAAGUUCCUCUGUGGAUCAUCAUCGUGUCAGCGCUGGCCGGAGUCAUCCUGCUGGGACUCAUCAUCCUCCUCCUGUGGAAGUGCGGGUUUUUCCGGAGGGCGAGUACGCGGGAGCUGUACGAGGCGAAGGCUCAGAAAGCGGAGAUGAAGGUUCAGCCGUCUGAAACCGACCGACUAACGGAGGACGAAUGAGGACCGAGGUUCCACACGAGUGUUAACGAACUCUCGUGUGGGUUCUUCAGACGGGCUGUUUACUUCAGGAGAAUGUCGAAAUAUCACGGCGUGCGGGUUUGUAAAGAGGAGCGUUACAGCCUCAGUCAGGGCUUCCUCAUCCAGCAACACAACAAGAAGCACUGGAUCACCAACUGGACUGAAAAUCAACAAAACUACUGACCACUCGGCACCGGAUCAGCUCAGUCCAACGUCAGCUGCAGCUGCUGAUGGACUAUUCGGGAAUCAUUUGCGCUUGAUAAAUUAGCACUUAUUAAUAAAUAGUAUCAGAUGUCGCUGUGACAGGUUUACUGCCCGUUAUGAUCGGUGUGUGUAUGUUUAUAAACUGUAAGGUGACUCCAGCAGGGGGCAGCACUGAUACAGCACCACCUCCUCCGCCUUACUCAAGUGAGAUAUUGAUGAUUUGUGAUAUUGAUGAUUUUGCUGUACCGUCGUUUUUUAGCGAAGUUUAAUAGUUUAUUUGCGCUGAUGUGUUUCUCUGUAAGGCGGUGCUGAACACGGACUGAUCGCUUCAUUUUUCAGGUUGUUUAUAGAUAUGAAUGUUAUUAUUUUUUGUGUGUAGUAGAUUAAAGGCCUCGUCUGUUUACUGAAGCUUUGACCUCCGAAAUCGGCCAAAUCCCAGAGUUUAAUUCACUGCUCAGUGGUCAUCUGUGUCCAGCUGGUCUUCUGUUCGCGCUGUAGAUGUUCAGCUCGGGGAUUUGGCUUUUUUUGGCCGCGAAACAUCACUGCUGUUCUGUGAUUUUGUGAAUGAGGGAGACAUUUAAAUAUUUAAUUUAAUCUAUGAUGUCAAACAGCAGCUGCCUGAGCGCAGCAGCACUGCCAGAUCUCAGAUUUAAUCAUUUGUAGUGUAAAAAUCACAGAUUUCAUUAUUACAGAUUUUAUUAAUGAUGUACACAGUUCAGAACUGCAGAAUCAGCAAAAGAGAUCCGUGUUUUAUAGCGAUUUAUUUUUAUAUUUCAGAGAUUUUGUAAAUGUAAAGACUGAAGUUUACACAUUUAAAGUUUUAUCUUCUUUUUUAUGGAUUUAUUGUUCAUCAAUUCUGAUCUGAAUAUCUGCCCUUGAUGUCCUUUUGUGAACAGUGUGUUAAAAUAAACCCAAUAAUUUAUCAA